GACUUAAAUUCAAUAAAAAACCAACAUGUCGACCUUGGGCCACGCUGUUGCCAAUGUUGGUAUUGUUUGUCGUCAGAACUGUGUUUUACGUUUAGUUAAAUGUCAACGCUGCACAAUACCGCAUCGUCAGUAUCAUCUCUGGAGAGGUAUUCAUAAUAAAGGAUUGAAUGAACCAUUACUGAAAAACCCUCAGGCACAACUCAAGCAGCUUCAAUAUUACUCGGAAAACCAACAGCCAAAGAAUUUCUUUCAAAAAUUAUUUGACCAAGUGCAAGAUGAUCUAAAGAAGAACAAAGAAAUCAAGGAAAACUUAAAGAAGUUUAGAGAAGAAAGAAAAAAAUUGGAGGAGGCCGAUGCCUUGUUGAAAGCAAGAGAGAAGUUUAAAAAGGUGCAAGAAGAAACUAAAAAGAGUUCCACUGUCUUUCAAAAGACGUUCGAGGAUGUCAAGGAAAAAGUUUCUGAGACAGUGGACGAAGUCAGUAAAUCAGAAUUUGGUAAGAAAAGUAAAGAAUUCACAGAGGAACUCGGGAAAACUGCAGGGAAAGCUGCAGAGACGAUUGGUAGUGCCGGAGAACACCUGGCUAAAUCUCAGCCCAUGAAGAAAGUCGCACAGGGUGUUAAAACGGUAUCGGAGGAAUUAGAUGAGCUUGCUUUUUCAAGACACAGGAUUUACAAAGCUCCAGAAAAACCUAUGAAGAGGUCAGACUUCAGGACCCUGGUGAAAGAGGAAAGGGAAAUCAAAGUGGAUGACGAGACCACAGGAGUAACAGUGCAUAAAGAUUCCAAGUUCUAUCAAAGCUGGCAGAAUUUCAAAGAGAACAAUGCUUAUGUAAAUAAAGUGUUUGAGUUAAAGAUGAAGUAUGAUGAAAGUGACAACCCUGCUAUCAGAGUGACCAGGGCCGUGACAGAUUUAAUAGGGAGAGCUCUAGGUAGUGUACUUACACCGUCAACAUUAAGCGAGGCCCUGACAGAAAUCAACAAAUACGACCCAUCAUUUACACCGGAGGGUUUCGCAUCAUUUUGUGAAACCAUUGUUGUUCCUAAUAUAUUAGAGGCCAUGGUUAGAGCUGAUACAGAAGUUUUGAAGGACUGGUUACAUGAAGCUGCUUAUAAUGUGACAUCUGCGAUACUGAAACCUUACAUAGAAGCCAGAUACAAGUCAUAUUCACAGAUCAUCGAUAUCGGUCGGGUGGAUGUUCUUGGUGGCCAGGUGAUGGAGCAGGGUCCAGUCUUACUAAUCCAGUUUCAUGCUCAUCAGAUCGAGUGCUGGCGGGAUUUUAAAAAUGAAGUUGUUGUUGGUAGUCCAAAUGAUAUUUUCAAAAUGACAUACACCUGGGCUCUAUGCAGAGAUCAAGAGGAAUUAGACCCUAAAGCUGCGUGGAAGUUGUUAGAAUUUAGUGCCACGAAAACUAAUGUAGUAAUAUAAGACAAUAAUAAACACUCUAGGCUUUUAACAAAUAUAAUACGGUGCCAAAACAUGUAACAUCUGAAGACUAUUCACCUUCCGAAUUAGUGAUGACAAGUGGUGUGAAAGGUUACGUGUGCAGACAGCGGUGCUCCACGAGUACGAGAUACAGGGAUUUAUAGAAGUUACACGAGACGGGCAUUUCAUUUCGACCACUCUCAUAUAUUGCUUGAAGGUUGUCAUCCUUGCGUGCGAGUUGAUGAGACACAGUUUCCUUGCCAGUGUCUAUGAUGUGGAGAGAUACUGUUCUCAUAAAUGUGUUUUCUGUAAUGUACUGCAAUGGCAGACCAAUAAAUAUUUAUAAAAUGUUAAAAUUUGAA